AUGAAUUUUUAUAGUGAUGCCGAUGGGAUGGAUGAGUAACCAGAGUCAAAUAAUCAGGAUAAGAUUGAAGAGGAAUAUCAUAACAGCAAAGGUGCCGAAACUCAGGAUGGGAAUCAAACAUUAAUACUGGAUAUUGAUAAAAGGAAAAUUGAGGAGGAACUAAAUAUCGCUUAGGAAAAAUAAAAACUGCAAGAGUAAUUGCAAAUUGUUAAAUAAUAAUAAAAAUCAGAUAACAUUUAAUAAGAAUAAUAAUCAGAUAACAUUUAAUACAAGUCUUUUUCUAAGACCUAAAUAAUUAUGCUAGAUUAAAGGAAUCUUUGUCAGUAUGUCUUAGAUGAAGAAAAACAUCAGCCAUAUUUAACAGUUUUUAAAGACCUUUUUUAAAAUCCAUAUUUUGACAAAGAAGCCUAAGUUAAUUUAUUACAUUUGGCAAUUGUUCUGAAAUUGAAUUUUGAAAAGCUUUCAAAAACUGAAAUCAAAUAGAUGAUCUUGGACUUCUAUCAUAUUUAUAUUGAUCAAAUUAAUUAGGUAUUAAACUUUAACUGCAAAAAAGAAAAAGAUUUAGCACUAAAUCUCAGCUUUGAUGAGAGGAAGAAUUAUUUAAAAAAAUUAAAGAGUGACAAAGAAUUAAGAAACAUAAAAUUCUUGCAAAAUGAUUAUGCCUUUUAUCUCAUAAUUCUAUUCGAAUCAAUAGAUAGUGUUGAAAACUUAAAAGCAAACAUAGAUUUGAUGUUAGAUUAUAAUUUAGAAGUACAUUAAAAAUAUAAACAAUUUAUUUAAGAUGAAGCAGAAUAGAAUAAAGAAUUAUAUAAGAAGAAACUUUAGAAGUUUAGAGAAAGAGAAAUUAUUGAUAAAACAAAAUUUACUAAGGGUAAAUUUAUGAGGAAUAUAUACAAUAUUAUAUUUUGGAAUUUACUAUAAAGAAAUAAGUAACAAAUAAAUUCAAUUUUAAUGAAGUGCUUUAUUAAUAAUAAUUGUAACUGGAUCAAUCUACUUGAUUUCAAAGAGAAUGAUAAAAAGAAAUAAUUAGAUAAAAAGGAAUAAUUUGAUAAAAAGGAAUUAUUUGAUAAAAAGGAAUUAUUUGAUAAAAUUUAAAAUGUUAUUAAAUUUUACACCACAACAGACAAAAAUUUAGAAGAUUAAAAAUUAGAUUUUAAAAAUUACAAAAAUAGGAAAUUCGAUUUCAUAGAAUUAAUGAUACAACUUUUAACUACUUUUAAACUGUUUGAAGAAAUACCGAAGACAUAAUUAGAUAUAUACGAUAUUAUAAAAUAAAUAUGUAAAAUGAAACAAGACCGUUAUUUUUAAAAGAAACAAAUUAGCUUUUUAGCAAGAGACUUUAAAGUAUUGAUCUCAUCUGAAAUAAAGCAUGAGGUAUUAGGUGUAGUCGAAACCAUUUUAAAGUAACCUGAAAACUUCUUAAAAAUAAAAAGAGAUUUGAAGGAAGAUGAAAUUAAAGUGGUUAAAGAUGCAAUGGAAAAAUUAAAAGAUAAAAUAUUAAAAAAAUGA